AUUACGGCUCCCAUACUCAUAUAUACUCAUGUGUAUAAUAUUAGGUUUCACCGAUUUCUCGCAGAUGGUGGCGCUGCAGUUUGCGCGGUUGUCUUGACGGCUGCUCCGAAAUGGCGAAAGCGCGCGCGUUGUUCGUGAAACGGUUCCGCGACCGGCAGAUAAUGCUUUUGAGAAGAAAGCAACUGAUUCUUCGGUUGCUCAUAUACCUGCUUUUGUGGCGGAAGACUAGCGAGCCGUCUGCGCGGCGAUGGUGGGUUCGAGAAGAGUGGCGGAACCGAGAGACCGAAGGAGCCUAUGGCACGAUGGUUAGCUGCUGUUUUCAAUCAAAUUCACGAACUUACGAACAUAUUCAAUGAUUAAGGUGAGAAGAAUGCAGUCCAGCGGUUCCGAGCUUCACUACACCUUCCUCAGGAUGUCCCCUGAGAGGUUCAACCACCUGUUGGGACUCGUGAGGGAGAAGCUGACAAAAUGUCCGUGGGGACGGAAGGCAAUUUCACCAGAGCAAAGGCUUGCCAUUACACUGAGGUACCUGGCUACUGGGGACAGCGUAAAGUCGAUGGCCUUUUUGUUCCGCGUUGGUUUCGAGACUGCGAGGCGCAUCAUCCUGGAGACUUGCAAUGCUCUGUGGGAGACUCUGCAGCCAGUGUACAUGCCUGAACCUACACUGCAAUUGUGGGAAAGCUCUGCACGGGAUUUUGCAACUAGGUGGCAAUUCCCCAACUGCAUUGGAGCCGUUGAUGGCAAACAUGUAAAUAUCCAGGCGCCACCACUUAGUGGAUCAAUGUACUAUAACUACAAGCACGACUUUUCAAUCAACCUGAUGGCCAUAUGUGACGCCACGUACAAAUGCAUUGCAGUCUCCAUUGGAGACUAUGGCUCUCAUGCUGAUGGGGGAGUGUUCAAGAACUGUCCCAUCGGUCUCGCACUCGAGAAUGGGCAGCUCGAGAUUCCCCCACCAGUGACGUUGCCUGGAACUGAUGUCACGGUGCCCUGCGUGCUAGUCGGCGACAAGGCAUUUCAGUUAACACCUGACUUUAUGAGGCCAUACCCCGGAGCAGGUCUCAACAGGACCCGAAGAAUAUUUAAUUACCGUUUAAGCAGGGCGAUGCAUUGA